UCCCUCGCCCCCGCCCCUCCCCCUUCCCGGCACACUCAGGGGGCUGGGAACGAGCUGCCAUGUGAUGCGCGUCCCCUCCGCGAGCUCUCGGUGACCCCCGAACCGCCCACCGCGCCGGCUGCCGGGAGGGGGCUGCGGUCUGGGAAGACGCGGCGCAGAAGAGGCGGAGAAGGACCCAAAGUUCUCCGGUGAGUGCAGCUGCCUGCUUCAGGAAGUGAGGGCUCCAGGAACGAGAAUCUUUAAGAGCUGCCUCACAUUGUGUUGUGUCUGGUCCCUUGGUCCCAUCCCUACAGCAUGAACAAGGUGGACAGUUACUGACCUACCACACGAUUGCCCUGCAAAACUUUGGGGUCCAUGUCUGAAUGGAUUGCUGUAGCCUUCUCAUCUCUCCCUUUGCCCAGUUCCCUGCAUCCUAAGACUCGACGUCAGGACAGGACCUGGAAGAAUUAUAUAUCCAAGACGCUCAAGAAACAUGAAGAAAACUAUACCAAGGCACAUCGUAAUCAAAUUGCUCCAAAAAAAGUGAUAAAGAGAAAAUCUUAAACGCAGCAGAAGGAAAAAACACGUUAUACACAGAGGAACAAAGGGUGUGAACGGCAUGUCUGUGGAUGAGAAGACUGACUCCCCCAUGUAUGUGUAUGAGUCCACAGUCCACUGCACCAACAUCCUCCUGGGCCUCAAUGACCAGCGGAAAAAGGAUAUUCUCUGUGACGUGACUCUGAUCGUGGAGAGGAAGGAGUUCCGAGCCCACCGGGCUGUGCUGGCUGCAUGCAGUGAAUACUUCUGGCAGGCACUGGUUGGACAGACAAAAAAUGACUUGGUGGUCAGCUUGCCUGAAGAGGUCACGGCCAGGGGCUUUGGGCCACUGUUACAGUUUGCCUACACUGCCAAGCUGUUACUCAGCAGAGAAAACAUCCGCGAGGUCAUCCGCUGUGCUGAGUUCCUGCGCAUGCACAACUUGGAGGACUCCUGCUUCAGCUUCCUGCAGACCCAGCUCCUGAACAGCGAGGAUGGCCUGUUUGUGUGCCGAAAGGACACUGCAUGCCAGCGCCCACAUGAGGACCAUGAGAACUCUGCAGGAGAGGAAGAGGAGGAAGAGGAGGAGACGAUGGAUUCAGAGACAGCCAAAAUGGCUUGCCCCAGGGACCAGAUGCUUCCAGACCCCAUCAGUUUUGAGGCCACUAACAUCCCAGUAGCAGCGAAGGAAGAAGCCUUGCUACCCGAGUCCGACAUACCCACAGACCCCAAGGAAAGCUCAGAAAAGGAUGCGUUGACACAGUACCCCAGAUACAAGAAAUACCAGCUUGCAUGUACCAAGAAUGUCUAUAAUGCAUCAUCACACAGUACCUCAGGUUUUGCAAGCACAUUCAACGAAGAUAACCCUGGCAACAGCCUUAAGCCAGGGCUUGCCAUGGAGCAAAUUAAAAGUGAGCCACCCAGUGAAGAGAACGAGGAAGAGAGCAUCACGCUCUGCCUGUCUGGAGAUGAACCUGACAUCAAGGAGAGAGCAGCAGAUGUUGAGAUGGACCGCAGGCAACCCAGCCCUGCCCCUGCCCCUACCACUCCUACUGGAGCCACCUGCCUGGAUAGAUCCAGGAGCGUGUCCUCGCCUUCCUGCUUAAGGUCUCUGUUCAGUAUAACAAAAGGUGUGGAGUUGUCUGGCCUGCCCAGUACAUCUCAGCAGCACUUUGCCAGGAGUUCAGCUUGCCCUUUUGACAAGGGGAUCACUCAGGGUGACCUUAAAACUGACUAUACCCCUUUCACAGGGAAUUACGGACAGCCCCAUGUGGGCCAGAAGGACACAUCCAACUUCACGAUGGGGUCGCCCCUCAGGGCACCUGGGUUGGAGGCUCUCUGUAAACAGGAGGGAGAACUGGACCGGAGAAGUGUGAUCUUCUCCUCUAGCACAUGUGACCAAGUGAGCACUUCAGUGCAUUCAUAUUCGGGGGCGAGCAGUUUAGACAAAGACCUCUCCGAGCCGGUGCCAAAGGGUCUGUGGGUGGGAGCUGGCCAGUCCCUCCCCAGCUCACAGGCCUACUCCCACAGUGGGCUGAUGGCUGACCACUUGCCAGGAAGGAUGCGGCCCAACACCAGCUGCCCGGUGCCAAUCAAAGUCUGCCCUCGCUCACCCCCGCUGGAGACCAGGACCAGGACUUCCAGCUCUUGCUCCUCCUAUUCCUACGCAGAGGAUGGGAGUGGGGGCUCACCCUGCAGCCUCCCUCUCUGUGAGUUCUCCUCCUCACCCUGUUCCCAGGGAGCCAGAUUCCUUGCCACAGAACAUCAGGAGCCAGGCCUGAUGGGAGAUGGAAUGUACAACCAAGUCCGACCCCAGAUUAAAUGUGAGCAGUCUUACGGAACCAACUCCAGUGAUGAAUCUGGAUCAUUCUCAGAAGCAGACAGUGAGUCGUGUCCUGUGCAGGACAGGGGCCAGGAGGUCAAACUUCCUUUUCCUGUAGAUCAAAUCACAGAUCUGCCAAGGAACGAUUUCCAGAUGAUGAUUAAGAUGCACAAGCUAACCUCAGAACAGUUAGAGUUCAUUCAUGAUGUCCGGCGACGCAGCAAGAACCGCAUUGCGGCUCAGCGCUGCCGCAAGAGGAAAUUGGACUGUAUUCAGAAUUUAGAAUGUGAAAUCCGAAAACUGGUGUGUGAGAAAGAGAAACUAUUGUCAGAGAGGAAUCAGCUGAAAGCAUGCAUGGGGGAACUGCUGGACAACUUCUCCUGCCUCUCCCAGGAAGUCUGCCGAGACAUCCAGAGCCCCGAGCAGAUCCAGGCCUUGCAUCGGUAUUGCCCUGUCCUCAUACCCAUGGAUCUCCCUGGAGCCUCCAGUAUUAACCCCGCUCCCCUGAGUGUGGAGCAGAACAUCGCAGCUUCCCAGUGUGCGGUAGGAGAAAAUGUGCCCUGCUGCUUGGAGCCAGGUGCAGCUCCCCCAGGGCCUCCCUGGGCACCCAGCAACACCUCUGAGAAUUGUACCUCUGGGAGGAGGUUGGAAGGUACUGACCCAGGAACCACCUUCUCAGAGAGGGGCCCUCCUCUGGAACCCAGGAGCCAAUCAGUGACCGUAGACUUCUGCCAGGAAAUGACUGAUAAGUGUACGACUGACGAACAGCCCAGGAAAGAUUAUACCUAGUGACUCAGAUUUGCCUCCCAAUCCUCACACCUCUCCCAUCUAGGUGUUCUUCAGUCAGCCCAUGGCGCUGUUCAUCUGUUGUCUCGAAGAACCAAGAAGGAAUUGGUGCACACUACAGCAGUCUUAGCAGCAAUAUGUUCCAACAUAUUCCCUCCUCUCUUCAAGCAGGAGUGAUAGAUAGUUACCUUCACAAUGGUGCUACCCCUUGCUCAGGCAAGGAAAGACAACAGUGCUGACACUGUCUGUCUGUGGGUUAAUUUCAGUCUUCACAGGGAUAGACUACAACACCUCUAGGACCCAACCACGGAUUUUUUUUCUCAGUGGCCCAUGUCACAAACCCUAUCUCAGGAAUUUCUUCUGAAUGUUCAAUUUUUUCAUUGAAGACAGCUUCUAUACACAUCAAAGUUUUAUAGCUAGACUGUACAUAUUAUAUAUAAUAUAUAUAAAAUAUAUAUAUCCAUAUGCAAAAGUCCUGCAUGCCUCAGUUUUCUCACUCUAAAACUGGAAACUUCAUUUCUCAUUUAUAAGCAGGUUCCAACAUUCCUCUCUUCUUUUGUCUCUGAUGCUCAAACUAAUUGGGUAACUGUUAACAUGGUUUUUCUUGCUUCACAGUUCAAUUUCAAUUUGUGCUUAUUUAUGGACAAAAUUCAAUGUUGGAAACUUUUUUUCAAGAUUUUAUUUCAUAUCUUUUUUUUCUGUUUGUUUGGUUUGAUUUUGGCACCACCAAAUGGUGUCUUGUGAGCAUUGUGGGUUUGUUCUUUGUUUGUUGAUUUGUUUGUUUUUCUUGCAGAUACUGUACAGUAAUGGUCAACUUUGCCACUUGCACUGAGUUUUGGGUCAAACUUAUUUUCUUAAAUGAAGUUGUAACUUCAUAUAACUCAAGUAUACUGUAUUUCUUUGCUUUUAGUUAAGAAGUAAAACAUUUUAGCUAAUUAAAAAGCACUCAGGUGAUAAUUAUGUAGGAAAAACAAUCUUGCCAAAUAAUGAAUUCAUCCUAGGAUGUGUAAACAAUAAUCUGCUUGAAUAUUUUUAUAUUUCACCUCCUCCCCACCUUUCCCUAAGUAAAGUGUAACUGCAGAUAGAGUUCAGAACUGCUGGAUGUUCAGAUUCCUAAGUGGGGAGAGAGUUUGGACACCUUGUUGAAAAGUCCAUCAAAACAGCAGGAAUCUAUGAUUUUGUACCAGAACUCAGCAGGCAUUGGCUCCUAGAAAUCAAGGUAGAGCUGUUUUCUUGCCCAGGGAGAACAUCCCAUUCAUUUCCACACUUCAUCAGGCCUCAGCUUGCUCUUAGAAGUGUUACACAGUAGGCCUUCUCCUUUGAAGGAUAUGGCUGACCAGCCACCCCACUUUCCUGCCCAGGACUGACCUCCCAGGGCACCUCACCUGAGGGGAUGUGAGCUGCAGCCUGAAGGUCCCGCCUUUCUGGGGCAGCUCCUAUAUUGAUGCAACUCACUGAAAGUAUGAGAGAGCAGGGAAGAUUGGAGCCUGAGAUCCAUCCCUGACACAGGCGAACACGUUUCUUUCUCCUUUUCUUUUCCAAAUGCUUUGAGUUGUACUCUGAGGUUUUUCUGUGGGUCUCUUGUCUGUAGGCAGCUUCAUACAGAGGCUUUGGACAAGAUAUCAGCAGGAGCCCUCUCUACCCUCUUCACACAGACACACACACAGAUGCAGACACACACACAGAUGCAGACACACACAGACACACACACCUUACCCUCACCUGAUGAUAAUUUUCUUCUCUUGCUGCAAAAGUGGUUGCUUGCAACCCAGAGAGAGCAGCUUCCCUGGGCUCUCAGGUUGUUGUGGCCCUUGGCCAUGUUUACAGGAAGGUGUGUCACAAGGAGGAGGAAUCAGCUCCCUCCUUCCUGUGGUCCCUGUCUCCUCUUGAGGAGUAGCCCGAGGGCCACUCCCACCUGGCUGAGCAAGAGAGUCCAGAACAGUUUGAUGUGGGGCUGGGGUGGUGGGCAGUGGGGAAUAGAUGGUUGACUUUGUUUCUUUAUUUGUGCCAUUGUUUGGACAAUAUUAAAGCUGCAUGUGAAUGAAAAAAUUAGUAUAUGAUUAGUAGGCAAAAGGUGAAAUCAUAGUAACAUAUGUUUUAGUAUUAACUUUUUUCUGUACAAAUAUUAGCAGUAAAUGUUUAAAUAUGUAUGAAUGUCAGAAGUUUGUUGGUUCAUGCAGUAGGAUGGGAAAAAGGGUUUUCUUUUAAAAUAGUUCCACUUCUAAAACCUGCCUCUGGGUUUCCAUUUUUUCCUUGUGUGUGUGUAUGUGUGUGUGGUUGUCAGAGACAGAUUUUGAUGAAGCUCUGUGAGAGCUACUGUUUUUGUUUUUGGAAUUCUUAGCCUAGUAGAACAGUUCUGUGCUUCACUAAGGAGGUUCGCCUUUGUGGGAAACUGGUGACAACUAGAAUUUUAACUCAAUGUAAAUCAUGUGAUACUUCCCAGGUAUGUGUUGUGGUGGAGGAGUCAGCAGACAGUAUUUUGUUCUUUAACUCUCUUGUUGCCUUUUUAAAUGACCUCUCCUCUUCUUUAAAAAACAAAAGGAAUGUUUUCUGCUUGUAUCAUAACCAGGUGCAGAUCAGCUUCUUGGUUUGAUUUAUCCUGGUGGCAACUCAUGUGCAACUUGUAGUCUUGACCACAUUCCAUCCAUUUCCCCAGAUUUCUGUUGUUCUACAACCCAGAACUAUGUGGCAGCCAUUUCCAGGAGGGGAGGGGUCUCUUUAUUUCUCCCCACCCUAACUCAGCCCCCUUCUUCCUCCCACCAGCCUCUGCCUUUUUUUCUCUCUUUCCCCUUCCAACCCCUGCCAUGGAAACUGGCCUUUUUAAAAAGAAAAUUGCUCUAAAGGCUGUAGUUCUAUUUCUUAGAUAUUUUUAAAAAGUUAUUUCAUUCAUUAUCCACCAAGAACAGUGACCAGCUUUGUGUAAUUGUUCAUAUGACAUGUCUAUGUCUUUCUCUAUUCUGAAUCAUUGCUUGUCAAAAUUAUUUCUGGGCUGAUUGAAAGGAGGACUUGCUGGGGACCAGAAUCCAAACUGCCUCAAGUGAAAUUUAAAAACUCAAUCUGUUUCUUCUCCCUGGGAUCCCUUAGUCAACCUCAUUCCUUUUUUCUGGAGGAGAGGAGGUGGUUGCGACAGGGUCUUGCUAUGUAGACUAGGCUGGUUUUGAACUCACUAUGUAGUCCAGGCUGCCCUCAAACUCAUAGUGAUCCUCCAGCCUCAGCCUCCCAAGUGCUGUGUUUGCAGGAGUAUACCACCACACCUGGCAACCUCAUGCCUUUUGUAAAGAGGAAAAGUAAACAAAGAACAAGAAAUAAAGGACACUCCAGUCAUGGGCUGUUUAGGAGGAUCACUCUGACAACCUGGUUGGGUCUCCAAAUGGGUAGGGUAGGAAUAGUUGUUGGGUCAGGGCCAGUGCAGGCAACCCUGACCCUAAUUAACAUCCCACCUGAAUCUGGUUCUCCCCUGGGUCUGCCUUUGUCCUCCUUGUGUCUCCAGACAACCUCCGUUCAUUCAGAUUAGUCAGGCUGUGGGCAGGCGAGUGCUUUGCUAUAUGUGUUUGUUACUCUGCGUUAUUUGGGGGUGCCUUGAAUAAAAUCGAACUUCAUUACAUACUGAUUCUGGAACAAAACAGUUACAAAACUGUAAAAACUGGCAAAGUUGCUCGGCCAUCCUGCUACUUCUCUUCCGGGUUCUUCAAGAAUGACUCAGGCGUCAGAGGUGAUGCUGCCGUAGAAAACGUUAUUGUGUAUGUUGUACAAGUAAUUUAUUGACUGUCUUUCUAAAGGUAUGCUGCUUUUUAAAAUGCACUAUAAUUUUGGAUGUAAUCCUUGUAUUGCUUUUCCAAGGAUGUAAAAAGAAAGGCUAAGGACUUAGUAUGCCAACUGUCACUUCUCCUUAAAAAGGAGCUCGGGGACAGCUAUAGCACUUGCAUGAGUGAACUGGCUAAAACCUAUACUUCCUUUUAAUAUUUUGUGAUUUCCAUUAAAGAAGAAGAAAAAAAAGAAGUAUUUUUAAAUUGUAGGCCUUUUAAAAAACCUUAAUAUACCCCAGGAAGCUGCUCUGCAUCCUGUAGAGUAGCAUAAUCAUUUCAGAAUGAAUAGAGUCCUACAAACCUUUUUCAGAUCCCUAUUUGGCUACCUUUUUCUGCACAUUGUGCCCCUCUUGAACUCAGAGUUGUUUUAUAAAUGACUUCAAACUACUUACUGUUGCUUACAGUUUAGGAGGAAACACAAAUCUGGAAGGGAGCAAGAAUCAAAUUUUUCCUUAAAUUACUGAAAAUAGACUAAAGAACAAGAUUUGUUUUUCAAGUAUAAAGUUGCUCAUUGUAUCAUGAGUUAGUAUUUCUCCCCAAAAUUGAGGAUUUUUCUGUAGGUUCAAUUUCUGGAGAGUCAGUGCACAAUACAGAGUCCUGUGUGGAGUUGGUUUUCAUAAAGGAAGUCUGUGUGUAUGGAGGCAUUUUGUUUCCAAAGUGUAUGUUUAUAACACUGCCCAAGCCAUCUCAUGACACAGGCAUCAGAGACUGAUGCUGCAGAAUAGAAUACAUUUGUACACAAAUAGCAUGUUCAAAUGGUAUUUGUACAUAGAGAAGACUUAUUGUGGCAGAUCAAGAAUAAAUUAUUUAACUGACAGUGCAAAAACAUUACUUGCAAAAAAAAGUAAUUGUAUAGUAUUUUCCUAUACUCCACCCUGGGAGAUAAUAUUUAUAUCAAUGAAUAUCAGUGCAUUUUAAUUGUAAUAUGAAAAUUAUGCUGCCAUUUUGUGAAGAAUACCCACUUGGUUGCAGAGGCCAAUUUUUGUAGUUUUGAUUUAAUGUUCUGAUAUGAUGUGUACAUUUACAAGCAAUGGAUAAACAGCUCUGACUUUCAUUUUCAUUCCAGUUACUUGACAUCAGAUAAAACAGUGGCCCUUAUAAAAGCAGAAGUGCACCAAGACCAUUUCAGGUAGAGUCACAUUCAGUGCCAAAUGCUCCCAUGGGGACAGUCAGACAUAUUUAUCAGGAAAGAGUGAAGGGACUUGGAUAAAGAGGGGUUUUCCUACAGAUCAAUGUUAAGUCUUCUACCAAAACGUGUCUGGAGGCAGAAGGGUGGCUACCACUUGAGUCCUAACAAAGCAUUUUGGGUGUGCAAAUGCUGGCAUGACUGUUCACACUCUACAAGAACCUGGCACUUCUAGUGAGUUAUCAGGAAGACUGCAGAUGCAUUUGGGAGCUUCAGGUGCUUGUUAGACACAGUGAGCCAUUGAAGGCAAGAGGGCUUGUGAGAAUUUGUUCCAGAACCAGUCUAAUCCAAGUGCACCUCUGAUAUAUGCCUUACAAACUCCAGAGGCCAUACUCAAAACAGGGUCUUCUCAGUGUAUGCAAGGGGCUGCAGCCCCUCUUCUCUUCCUCCCCAGGUUGAACAAUACGGACAGUUUUCACACAUAUCUACCUGUAUAACCCUCUGUACCUCUCAUAACUGGUCAACGACUGUAACAGGUUACAUCAGGUGUUUUUCUACAUACUUUUUACACAGAUUCUAUGCGAUUAAUGUAACUUAAUUCAAUGCAUCAUUUUAUUGUACUAGUUCUUAGGCUUGUCCUUAUUUUUUUUCUAAGUGAUUGUGGUUUUUCUUGUGGUUUUUAUUGUAAAGAUGAAAUGGCUGUUGAUGCUUAUUCUCUGUAACUAAGAAUUUUUACCUUUUUGGGAAAAAAAGCAUUGCUAUGAACUAAUGAAACUUCAUUUACUCAUUGUAAAUACACUAUUGUGCAAAAAAAUUUUUCACUCAGUUGAAUUGCUAGUGUUAACUGAAUUUUGUCUAGACACCAUUUCUGUUGAUGAAAUAAAGACAUAUCAUUAUGCAUUGUAAA